AUGUCCCUCGGGGGGACCACAGGCGACAACACGCGCCUGCUUCGGAAGGCUCCAGAGGAGGAGGAGGAGGAGGAGGAGGAGGAGGAGGAGGAGGAGGAGGAGGAGGAGGAGGAGGAGGAGGAGGAGGAGGAGGAGGAGGAGGAGGAGGAGGAGGAGGCGAUGCAGGCGGAGGGCGUGCGGGAGGUGGCCGUGGCAACUGGCCUGGAGGUGCUGUACCAGGAGACCCCCAACUACCGCGGAGCGGCGGCCGAGGCUGACCGCAUGAUCGAGCCAAGGGAGACGGCUAGGCAUGCCUGGCGAGUGCCAGACCUGGGCUUGUAG